AUGGUGUUGAAGGGUGUGUUGCCUGGAGGACAAGAAGUGGCGGUGAAGAGGCUUUCAAGGAGUUCAGGGCAAGGUUUGGAGGAAUUCAAGAAUGAAGUCAUUCUCAUCUCUAAAUUGCAGCACAGGAACUUGGUCAGAUUGCUCGGCUACUGCAUUCAAGCCCAUGAAAAAAUUCUCAUCUACGAGUAUCUCCCAAACAAAAGCCUAGAUGCCAUCCUUUUUGAUCCCUUGAAGAAAGAUGUACUAGAUUGGAAUAGAAGGUUCAACAUCAUAGAAGGCAUUGCUCGUGGUCUUCUUUAUCUUCACAGGGAUUCAAUGUUGCAGAUCAUCCAUCGUGAUCUUAAAGCUAGCAACAUCUUGCUUGAUGAAAAACAUGAAUCUUAA